UACACACCAACUGCGGUUCUGGUUAGUCUAGUUGACUCUUGUACGCUCAGAGGCAUUUAGAGAGAGAAAUUGAGAGUUCUAGAGAGAGAGGAUGGAAGGAGAAGAUAGGAGGGUGGGUGUUGCAAUUGAUUUCUCUCCAUGCAGCAAGAAAGCUCUGAAAUGGGCGGUGGAUAACAUUGUCCGCACCGGGGAUUACCUAAUCCUCGUUAUCGCUCGCCCCGAAGGAGAUCCCGAUGACGGAGAGAUGCUGCUUUGGAAAACCACCGGCACACCUCUAAUUCCUUUGCUUGAGUUCGCUGACCCCGCUGUCACGAAGAAAUAUGGGGUGAAGCCUGACCCUGAAACACUGGAGAUUGCCAGUCUUGCUGCCCGGCAGAAAGAUAUUGUGGUGGUCAUGAAGAUCUAUUGGGGAGAUGCUCGGGAGAAGAUAUGCGAAGCAAUUGAUAACAUCCCUCUCACCUGCCUUGUCAUAGGGAACAGAGGACUUGGCAAGAUCAAGAGGGCUAUUUUGGGCAGUGUUAGCAACUAUGUGGUGAAUAAUGCUUCUUGUCCGGUUACUGUUGUGAAGAAUGCGGAGAAUGAAUAGCAGCACAAUGGUGAGUAUCUGGCCGAACUGGAAUAUCUCCGUACUUGUGGAACUCCUAAUUCACAUGGAGUUUACAAUGGAUCUAUGUCAAAUAAAAUUUUCCUGUUUGCGACUUAAACUUGAUGUGAAGUGGUUUCUUGUACGGAUUGCUGGAGUUUGUGUACUUCUGUGUAUUUUAUAUAAACGAAACACAUCAACAUGUGUUUUCUGGUUGAUAAAGGAACAAACUUUGUUGUUGAACUUGCUCAAAUUUCUGAGAAGCAAUUAUGGUUUCUGUUGCAAGUGCGUA